CCCAACACGAUAUUUCGAGAGUCAUUCAACGUGCCCGCCAUGAAGAAAGAAUCACCCGAGAUAGCAGGGUUCUCUAUCCUGCCUUUACAACUACCCGGUACUCCUGUGCUCCCCGAACCAGCAACACACUACCUCUACCUCCGUCCUCAUGAGCCUCGCGUCCCGGACCUGGAUUCGGUUCGCUCGCUGUUUGUGGUCAACAUCCCCAUUGAUACUACGGAAGCGCAUCUUCGGCACUUGUUUGGCACUCAAUUAUCUGCCGGCCGAGUCGAGAGGGUGGAAUUCGAGGAUGCGCCGACCGGCAAGGCACACAGUGCCCCCGCCAUUGCCGCCCAGGGGAACCUGGUGAAGAGCAAGAAGAGGAAGAGGGUGACAGCGGAUGAACUACAGAGUCAGCUGGAUGAGGUCCGGCUGCCGGCAUCGUGGGACCGACAGUUGCAGAAGAGCGGGGCACGGGCCAUUGUUGUUUUCGUCGAUAAGCCGAGUAUGGAGGCGAGUCUGAAGGCAGCCAGGAAGGUGGGCAAGAAGGGGAAAUCGACGAUUGUCUGGGGUGAGGGGAUUGAGGACCGGGUGCCCUCGCUGGGGUUGGCGCGGUAUGUCGCUCACGACCGUUUGCGGUACCCGAGUCGCGCGGAGCUGCUACUAGCGGUGAACGACUACAUGGUUGUGUUUGACCAGGUUGCGGAGGCACGUAAGCGGGAGGAGGCGCGCAAGGCUCAGGAGCCGGACGAGGAUGGGUUCAUCACGGUGACCAGCGGGCCGAAGCUGAACUCUGCCGCGCGGGAGGACGAGAUGCGGGAGUUGGUUGAGAGGCAGAAGAAGAAGUCACAGGGCUUGGAGGACUUUUACCGAUUCCAGUCGCGUGAGAAACGGAAGGAGAAGCAGAAUGAGUUGCUUAGAAGAUUCGACGAGGACAAGAAGAGGUUGGAAGACAUGAAGAGGCGGAGAGGCAAGAUCAGACUCGAGUAAUCUAUCUCCUGUCGAUCUUGUCCAGCAGAAUCUAUUAGCGAGGCGUUACUGGUCCAUACGGUCAAUAAAAAGUUCUUCUUCAUCCGGGUUCUUACUUUCAUUUCUGAUUCUGAAGUAAGUAUGUCGUGUCUCUGCAUUCCAUCCCAACUCCAUAUAUGAUGAGCACGCUGGGGCCAGAGUAACAAAACUCUACUUGAUGUUUUGCCAUGUCUACAAACACCAGCAAUACCCAAUCUUCUCACCUUCUGAAGCUAUCAUCUC